GUCUGUCGCUACUAUUGUAUCGAAUGAGAGCCUUGAAGUUGGCGAAACAGUCCGGCCUUUUUGACUACAUGUUAAAUGACCGUGUUGUUCGUUUUUCCCUAAGAAGGUUUAAGGGUUUCUUUGGCUGCUGAAUGGUGGCUCUUCCUCCAGAGACUGCAGGGUGAGCACAGCGCGUGUACAGAGCAGCGGGCAGACACGGGCGGAGCGGACCCCCCACCUCCUACAGGAGGGGUUCUGCACAGGAACAACAUUUCGCUCGAGCGUUUGGCUGCCCAGGUCUUAGUUCCCCAGGCACCGGGACGACGUCGGCGCCACCAUGUCGCCCUUCCUGAGAAUCGGGUUCUCGAACUUCGAGAUGGACCCGGGACUGGCGUACCACGAGGAGGUGCUGAACCCGUACUGCGCUGUCUACAUGAAGGAGGCGGUGGAGACAGAGAAGGGGCAGGUAUACAAGCAGAAGAAACCCACCAUGUACCCGCCCUGGAGCUCCACAUUUGACGCCCACAUCCACAGGGGGCGGGUCAUGCACGUGGUGGUGAAGGACAAGACGGCCGACCUGAAGACAGAGGCCACUGUGCAGCUGGACACCCUGGCCAGCCGCUGCAAGAAGGAGAACGGCAAGCUGGAGAUCUGGGUGGAGUUAAGGCCUCAGGGUCGCUUGCUAAUGGAGGCCAGGUACUUCCUGGAAAAGAGUGACGCUACGGGACAGAGUGACGGAGAGGGAGACGGCGAGAGGGAGGGCCUCUUCGCUCUGCACCAGCGCCGCGGCGCCAUCAAGCAGGCCAAGGUCCACGUGGUGAAGUGCCACGAGUUCACCGCCACCUUCUUCCCCCAGCCCACCUUCUGCUCCGUCUGUAAAGAGUUCGUCUGGGGUCUCAACAAACAGGGGUACCAGUGCAGACAGUGCAAUGCCGCCAUCCACAAGAAGUGUAUCGACAAAGUGAUCGCCAAGUGCACGGGGUCGGCCAUCAACAGCAAGGAGACCAUGAUCCAUAAGGAGAGGUUCAAGAUCGACAUGCCGCACCGGUUUAAAGUGUAUAACUACAAGAGCCCGACCUUCUGCGAACACUGUGGGACUCUGCUCUGGGGCCUGGCCAAGCAGGGCCUCAAGUGUGAGGAGUGCAGCAUGAAUGUCCAUCACAAAUGCGAGAAGAAAGUAGCCAACCUGUGUGGGGUCAACCAGAAGCUGAUGGCUGAGGCAUUGGCCUCGAUCGAGAGCACCCAGCAGGCCCGAAGUUCACGGGACAACGACAUUGUCACCCGGGAAGGCCCGGUGGGCAUUGGCCAGCCUGGAGUGGUCCGAGAGCCGUCAGGGUGGGUCCCAUGUGCCCCCCCCGCCCCUACUGCAGGGCGGAAAGAGCUGCAGGGGAUCUCCUGGGACAGUCCUACUGAAGAGGACCGGCCUGCCCUCGUUGUUCCGGAACCCACCUACGCCGUUCCUCGGAAGGAGAUGCACAAGUUCACCAUCGACAAUUUCAUCUUGCACAAGAUGCUGGGGAAGGGCAGCUUCGGCAAGGUGUUUCUGGCAGAACUCAAGACCACGGGUCAGUUCUUUGCGGUGAAAGCUCUGAAGAAGGACGUGGUUCUGAUGGAUGAUGACGUGGAGUGCACCAUGGUGGAGAGGAGAGUCCUGUCUUUAGCCUGGGAGCAUCCCUUUCUCACACACCUGUACUGCACCUUCCAAACCAAGGAAAACCUCUUCUUCGUAAUGGAGUACCUGAACGGGGGCGAUCUCAUGUUCCACAUACAGAACUGUCACAAGUUCGACACGCAGAGAUCAACGUUUUACGCUGCUGAAAUCAUCUGUGGUCUCCAGUUCCUCCAUUCCAAAGGCAUCAUAUACAGGGACCUGAAGCUGGACAACAUCCUUCUGGACAUAGAUGGACACAUCAAGAUCGCAGAUUUUGGGAUGUGCAAGGAGAACAUGCUGGGAGACACAAGGACGUCCACCUUCUGCGGGACUCCAGACUACAUCGCCCCCGAGAUCCUGCUGGGGCAGAAGUAUGGAUGCUCGGUGGACUGGUGGUCCUUCGGGGUGCUGCUGUACGAGAUGCUGAUUGGCCAGUCUCCCUUCCACGGGCAGGACGAGGAGGAGCUCUUCCAGUCCAUCCGCACGGACGACCCCUUCUACCCCCGCUGGCUGCCCAAGGAUCCGCGCGACAUCCUGGUCAAACUCUUCGUCCGAGAGCCAGAGAGGAGGCUCGGGGUGAAAGGCAACAUCCGGCAGCAUCCCUUCUUCCGGGACGUGGACUGGGUCGCCCUGGAGAACCGGCAGGUUGAGCCACCCUUCCGACCCACAGUGAAAUCUCCAAGCGACUGCAGUAACUUUGAUAAGGAGUUCAUCAAUGAGAAGCCCAGACUGUCGUGCGCCGACCGCACCCUGAUCAACAGCGUGGACCAAACCAUGUUCAACAACUUCUCCUUCGUCAACCCCAGGAUGGACCGCAUAAAGACCAUCUGAUGUUCUCGGCCAACAUCACAGACAUUUCAACAACUAAUAGUCAAGCGCUGGAUAGUCUCAGCAUUGUUAUUAUAGACAAUCAAUAAUUAUUAUCAAUUACUGCGACACAUCAUCAAUCCCUGAGGGGGGGAGAUGAUAAUUCGCUUGAUUUCCACGGAAUGAACUUUGACCCCAGGAUGGCCCAAGGAUGAGCCCUGGCUGCUCUGAGCUUCAGAACAGAUAUUCAGCACUGAAUCAGUAAUCCGUC